AUGCCGACAGCAACAGACAACGCAGCUAUUCAACCUCCAAGCAUAGCAGCUACACCAACCCUGACAGCAGACACUGCAGCCACUCCAUCCUCGACAACAGACACUGCAGCCACUCCAACCCCAGUGACAGACAAUGCAGCCACUUCAAACUCGGUGACAGAAAGUUCAGGUAAACCAAAGGACCAAUCUGUGCCAAUAUCAGUUGCACCUGUGAGCACAUCGUCACCUGGUUGCUCCAAAGCUGGGACAGUGGGGCUGAUGGUCACCAACCAGAAGAAAAGAAAACAAGAGAAGCCCUGCACAACCAAACCGGUGGAUGGGUACAAGAAUGGAGGCAGCUGCGUGGUGAAAAUGUGCAAAAUACCCAGGUACUUUCCCACUGAGGAUGUUCCACGCAAGCUUUUGAAUCAUGGCAAGAAGCCCUUCAGCCAGCACAAGAGACGACUGAGGGCCUCCAUCACUCCAGGGACUGUUCUGAUCCUGCUGACUGGUUGUCACAGAGGCAAGCAUGUCAUCUUCUUGAAGCAGUUCGAUACUGGCCUUUUGCUUGUUACAGGACACUUGGUUGUCAAUUGUGUCCAUCUGCGUAGGGCCCAUCAGAAAUUUGUUAUUGCUACAUCUACAAAGGUAGGUAUCUCUGGAGUAAAAAUUCCCAAGCAUCUCACUGAUGCCUACUUUAAGAAGAGGCUGCGGAAGCCCAAGCACCAGGAAGGCGAGAUCUUUGACACGGAGAAAGAAAAAUAUGAGAUAACGGAGCAGCGCAAGUCAGACCAGAAGGUGGUGGAUUCACAGAUCCUGGCGCAAAUCAAGAAGGUGCCUCAGCUCUGCAGAUACCUACCUUCUAUGUUCUAUGUCUCAAAUGGAGUCUACCCUCACAAAAUUGUGUUCUAACGGCCCAGAAAGCACCACAUUAAAUUUGAAGGAAAAAACAGA